UUACUCAAUUUAAACCAGUCCCAAUCUACUAAGGACUAUUUUGUGGAUCGAUGUUCAACCCAAGAUGAGGGCCAUUGUUCAGCGAGUGGCAUCUGCCAGUGUUGAGGUGGAAGGCCGUCUUGUAUCCGCCAUCGGCCCGGGUCUCUUGGUCCUCGUCGGACUUCACGAUUCCGACAAUGACGCCGACGCUGAUUAUAUAUGCCGUAAGGUGCUGAACAUGAGAUUGUUUCCUAACGAAGAGACUGGGAAAACAUGGGAUCUCAGUGUUAUUCAGAAGAAUCACGAAAUUCUGUUAGUGAGUCAGUUUACAUUAUGUGGGAUUUUGAAGGGAAAUAAGCCAGACUUUCAUUUAGCAAUGCCUCCAGAUAAAGCAAAACCCUUCUAUGCAGCUGUGGUAGAGAAGUUCAGGAAAACUUACAAACAUGAUGCGGUCAAAGAUGGCAUAUUUGGUGCAAUGAUGAAGGUGAAUUUGGUCAAUGAUGGUCCGGUUACAAUGGAAGUUGACUCAACCCAGAAGACAAAAUGAAGGAAUGCAUAAUAAAUGGCAUGGAACUUCACUACAAGGUAUUGUACAAGUGUUCAUCUGUUUUAUCAUGAAGAAUAUUGAUAUUUUGAAGUAUCUUGGCUUUAACACAAACUUUCAUUGUACGUACAAUAAGUGAAGUGCAUUAGAACUCAAAAUCUUUAAUGAUUCUAUAUCAUAUUUUCAAUAUAUCCUGUUCGCCAAU